ACACACUUGACAUUUGAUGACUGAUGAUCUAUGAUUUUUUAUCAACAGUAAAAAUUAUCAAAUUGAAAACAAAUGUCUUUAAUGUAAAGGUGUGCAUUUAUGAGAAAAUAUAAGUAGUUUAAUAGUAAACAAUACUGUUAAGAUAUAAAUAUGAAUGUAGCAAUCGGAAGAAUUGUAACAACGCAGUCGUAUAGGUUAUGUUAUAGGACUACGUACAAAUAUUUACAAGCUCCAGUAACCUCAAGAUGUCCUGUUAUACAACUACGAAGCUACUGCGACAACAAAGUAGAAACUCGGAGAUUGCCCCAAUUAAUGGAAUUUCCACCAAUAGUGUGGCCAUCGUUUAUAAAGUUUAUAAAAAAUUGGAUGUUCGCGACAUUCAUCAUUCGGCCGUAUUUUGAUCAAGAAUUUAGUUUGGCGGAGUUUAUUGAAGCUUCCAAACAUGCUGUGCAGGUGGUUUCAGAAGGUUUACAAAAUAGUGAUUUUAAAUCAUUGGAAGGGCUGGUAGACAAAGAUGCUGUUACAUCACUCAAGUCUGCUAUUUCACAGCUGUCUAUUUCACAACGACAAUUGUUAAGUAUUGAUAAGGAAGAUAUAUUUUAUGCAUUUCCUUAUCAGGUGGGAGUUAUGUUUGAUGAUGCUGACAAGAGAUGGGUGGAAAUAACAAUGUGUUAUCAUGUCCUUAGGGGACUCAAACAUAUGAAGGAAACAGGGGAUUUGCCCCCAAUUACUUUAGGCGGCCAUCCAGAGUUUGAAGACAAAAUAUUUAUAUUGAACUAUAGAUUCAUUAGAGAAUUCACAAAAGGAGUAGAAGACAGUUGGUGGAUAAAUAUUGUGAAUCAUUUUCAACCUCAGAACCUUGUUAAGAGACAGUGACUUCCCUUAGACAAUAAGUAGGAUAUAUUAAAAUUUUCUUGGCCUGAAUUUGCUUUUUUUUAAUAAGGCCAGCAUGCUUCAUUAUUUCGAAAGAAGUCAAAAUCAACUAAAGGAUACUAUUUUUGCUGAAACAUAAGUUUAUUGUUUGUAUUUUUUCAAUUUUAUUUAGCAUUCAGUACUAUCUAAAACAUGUUGAAUAAAAAAAGUAUAAACUAAAAAAUAUAAUUGAUCUUUCAAAAUAUGCCCUCUUAUACUGUAUAACAUAAUAAAAUACUAUUUACAUAAAUAGAACUUACAGACUGACCUUUGUACAAAAAAAAAAAUACAAAUCAUAUUUUUAUACUAAUAAAAUUUGGAUCUGGCUAGUCGGGACAAAUACAGCUACAGUGUAUGAGAAAAUAAAUCAGUUAUGUUUGAAAAA